AUGAUUUUGCAAAUCGAAUGGGUUGAUCGAAUAUCAGUGCCUGUGACACCAUACAUAUACCGGUCAAGGCGAUGCCAGAUACUACUCUUUCCUGCAAUAUGCGCUUCAGGAUUGUGCCUCUCAUCAUUUGCUGAAAAUUUCAAUCUAGUGCUAGCACUUUACAACUAGAUUGUUGCUCAUUUCAUAACAGUCAAUGGAAUCAUCAUCCUUGCAACAAUGUGCUGCAAGAAAGAUAAGGCGCGAAAACCAAUUAUUAAAACGGAUGGAACGCAACCUUCGUCAAAAGUGAAACAUCAUUUCAUUGAACAGGAGGAAGAUUCAUUCGCCAGGAAAGUACCCAUUAAACGAGAAGCAGGAAGAAGUGCUGAGAUUCGUGCCAAAGUGCCGGUGAAUUGCGAACGUGACGAUUAUAAGACGUUCAAGAACAUCGAGUUACCGUUUAGCAGUGAAGCGGAAAUUGGUACGCUUACAGCAAACGUCCGCUACAUGGCACUAUGCGACCACAAUGGUUACACUAGUUCAUUCACCGUGGUAGGAAACGAUGUGCAAGCGCUGCAUGCCGGCCCGAUGGCUUCCGCAUUUUCAUAUUUCUCUUACAAAAAGAGUUGGAGUGCAAGGCAAGAAACAGAUGAACCAGAUCACCCUGACUCAUCGGUUGCGCAAUCACGGAAUGAGGUGUCACACGAAUUCGAUGCUGUUAGAGGGAGAAAACACGAUUGA